AUGUUUAUUGCAAAUAUCAAGCAAGAAUUUUAUAGCGCGAUUCUAUAUCAGCGUGUUUUAAUAAUUGCAGUAGCAGAUUGCGAUUCGUUAUGUAGCUGCAAGAUCUUACAGUCUAUCCUCCAUUCUGAUAAUAUUGGGUACACGUUAGUACCUGUUAGCGGAUUACAAGAAUUGGAACGGGUAUAUCUCGAAUAUAGCGAUCAGUUUAAAAAUAUUAUCCUCAUCAAUUGUGGUGGUAAUAUCAAUAUUGUGGAAAUCUUACAACCAGAAGAGGAUGUCAAAUUUUACGUAAUCGAUAGUCAUCGGCCUUUCGAUCUUAAUAAUGUAUUUAAUCAAGACCAAGUAAAAAUAAUUCUAAUGGAAGGAGAAACAGUUGAUAUACCGGAUUUUGACGAUGUUUUUCGUCAAAAUGAAGAUGAAGAAGAUGACGAUGAUGAUCGUGAUAAUCUUGAUAACGGUAGUUCUGCCGAUGAAGAGAUUGAGGGAAGCCCGCGUAAAAGAAUGAAGACUGAUACGUCGGCAAUGAUUGCAUUUGAUCUCGCUUGGAAGUUGUCGAAAGAUAAUAACGACAAUUUAUGGUGGACCAUAAUUGGAUUGACAGAGCAAUAUCUGCAUCAAAAAAUUGAUAGAUUAUCGGAUAUUACGUUUGGUUCAUUUAGAUCUCAGUUUGGUUAUAAAACAAAGUUUACUGCCGCCGAUGCAGUUUACGGACUUAUAGCAAUAAUAGAAGACAUGGAGAAUCCCAAACCUUUAUCGGAUAAAUUUUUAGAAGCUCUUGAUUCGCUUUCCAGAUCAAAAUGUAAGACAUUAUCGGAAGGAAUACGAAAAGCAAAAUUACAGCAAAUCGCGAUAUUUAAGCAAGUUCGAAACUUUAUCGAUAUGCGACAAGUAGUUUGUGCUGGACCAUUUUUGUAUGCAUGCAUCGAUGAGGGAUCAUCAGAUAAAAAGAUAUUUUGUAAACCAACAACUCUUGGAAAAUUAGCACGAUUUCUCUUAACUGCCUAUGUUGCAUCUUCAAGAAAUAAAUUAGCUGCCAGUCUGCCUAUGGUACUAGUAACCCCUUUAGAUACAGAUCGAGGAACUUCACUAGUUCUUGGCAUACCUCCGAUAGCAGAAGACACAGCUAGAAAUUUUCUCGGUAGGGCUUUCGAGCAAGCGGCAGAAAAAACUAAAGCGAGAACACUACAUGACUGUUUUGAUUCAUCAAUUAUAGAGAUUAAAUCCGAAGAUCGUGGAAAAUUCUUCGAUGCUUUGUCGGCCUUGUUGGCUUAA